AUGGACGCAAAAGAUCUUCCACCUAUACGAACUUUCAAUUUCAUUUUUGAAUAUGGGAACGAAAGUUGGACACCACAUUUCGUUUAUCCAAAUCACUGGCGAGGUGGAUCUACUACUAACGUGUCGCGACAGCUCGGUUAUGAUUGGCAAUCACCACACAUUAUUUCAACAUCUGUAUAUGCGAGUAUAGCCAUUUACCUAACCAUAAUAUAUACGUUGUCAUUGAUGUGGGAGCCUUCGAGAAGAACUUGCGAAAUUAAUACAUCAACACACUUAUAUUGA